GUCCCCACUGUCCCCACUACCCCCAAUGUCCCCACUGUCCCCAUUGUCCCUGCUGUCCCCAUUGUCCCCAGGCGAAGGUGGAGGUGGCGGUGGCCCAGGAGCUGCAGCUCAGUGAGGACACGUGGGCGGAGGAGGUGACCAGCGAGGACCUGCAGGGGGGGUUGGCCACCCGCGUCACCGGGCUGCUGCGGGCGCACGUGGACCGAGCCCCCCAGAUCACCCCCGAAUUUGGGAUGGAGAUGGCCCACAGCCUCCUGGGCGUCUUGGUGGCCUUCUUGCACAGUUUCCAGCGCAAGGUGGAGCGGUUCCUGGAGGCCCCCGCUGAGGUCCCCCCCCCCGACGGUGCCAGCGGGAGGGCCAUGGCCCUGCUCAACUGCUGCCCCCCCUUCAGGGCCUUCGCUGAGCGCUUGGCCCAGUUCGGGCACCCCGAGAGCGAGGACCCACGGCGCCAGGCCCACACGGCGCUGGACAAGGUGAUGCGGCUCUGCAACCACGUCCUCACCCAGCACCUCUUCGAGGACCUCAAGGUGAAGUUGGGGUGUGGGGCUGGGGGGCACCCGUGGGGUCCCAGUGUCACCUGCGGGGUCCUGGUUCCCAUUUGUUGGGUUCUGGGUUCCAUCCCUUGGGUCCCAGUGCUGCCCCAUUGGGUUCUGAGCAUGAUCCCAUGGUCCCAGUGCUGCCCCAUUGGGUUCUGAGCUGGAUCCCAUGUUCCCAGUGCCGCCCAUUGGGUUCUGAGCUGGAUCCCAUUGUCCCAGUUCCCAUCUGUUGGGUUCUGAGCUGGAUCCCAUGGUCCCAGUGCUGCCCCAUUGGGUUCUGAGCU